UAAGGCCCCGCCCCCGUUGCCAUGGCGCCAGGACCGCAACCCCACGCAGAGGAAAAAAUAAAAAAGUCCUCACUUGAGAGAGCGACCACCGCGGUGGAGGGGUCCAGGGCUGGGCCCCAGGACUCGGGCAUACUGGCCCACCCCUCAGGUGUUACAUGUAGACACAUGUGCCCCCCUUGCCCGGAUGUUUGACCUACAGCAGGAGCCAGCUACCUGCAGGUUGGAUGUGGAUGGACCCAGCCUGGGAUGGAUCCCAGGGGCCUCGACCAGGCACAGCUAGUAUCCGGGUACGGGAGUUGAGCUGGCAGGGCCUAAACAACCCCUGCCCACAAAACAAGAGACUGGGCAGCCUUGGGGAUAUCCACAGGGAGCGGCGGGUGGAGGAGCACCUUUCCCCUGCUCGGCUGCAGGCCCUGGCCCAGAUAGAUGACCUUCAACUGGUGAGGGUGCUGGAGAUGUGUGUGGACACCCGUAAGAACAGCCUGGGGAACUUCGGAGUGCACCUCCCUAACCUGAUCCAUCUGAAGCUGAACCACAGCUGUCUGGGAUCCCUCAGAGACCUGGGCACUUCUCUGGGCCACCUGCAGGUGCUGUGGCUGGCUCGCUGUGGCCUGACUGACUUGGAUGGAAUUGGCUCCUUCUUGGCACUGAAGGAACUUUAUGUCUCCUACAACAACAUCUCAGACCUGAGCCCACUGUGCCUGCUGGAGCAGCUGGAGGUGCUGGACCUUGAGGGCAACGAUGUGGAAGACCUGGGGCAGAUGCGGUACCUGCAACUGUGCCCAAGGUUGGCCACGCUCACGCUGGAGGGGAAUCUGGUGUGCUUGAAGCCAGACCCUGGUCCUUCCAACAAGGCACCCCAGGACUACAACUAUAGGGCAGAGGUAAAGAAGCUUAUCCCCCAGCUCCACAUCCUAGAUGAGGUUCCCACCACAUGCACCAACCUGCCUGCUCCCCAGAAACUGAACCAGGACUGGCUGAUGGUGAAGGAGGCCAUCAAGGAAGGCAGCGUGCUUGACAUUCUCCUCCCUCGGCUGGAUUGUUCCCAUGGAACCACCAUACAGAAACUUGACCCAACCUUGCCUGUGCCUAAGACACAACCAUGGGCUCUGUCCUUGCUGGUUCCUGAGGGCCCCUUGCCUGAAGGUCUGCUUUCUGAGAACCCAGCCACAGAAGACCAUGCCAGCAAGCUCACCCACGGUGCUGGUCAUGUUCUCUGUGGGAACCCCACCAAAGGCCUGCGGGAACGUAGAUACCAGUACCAGGAAUGGGCACCCCUGGAGAAGCUGCCCCCACAUAGGCCAGAUCUGGCCACCAGUCCCUCCACCCCAAGGCCUGAUCCUGCAGAAAGCUGUGACCUGGAUAUGCCUGGGCUUUGGGCCUGGAGGGAGCCUGACCUGCGGAUGCCAAAGGAGCCACAGGCCAGUGACCCAUCCAGACAUGGUUGCAGCUCUGCCUUCUCCCACCUCGAUCCCCUCCUCCACAGGCAGCUGGAGUUCCAGCACGAAAGGCUCGCUCAGGCUCCAGCUCAGAACCCACAGAAGGUUCCUGAAGAACAGGAAGACCAGACUGGACCCAAGACUUCCCUAACUCCCCCACGCCUGGCCUCAGAACUUUCCAGGACAUCAGGCUUUCACCUGAUCCCUUCUCCCCCAAAGUACCCAAUGCCACCUGAGUCAGGCAGCGGCUCCUCAGGGAGAUCUGCAGAUCUGCCCUUCAGAGGGCGCAGGCUUAGAGUCCUGGGUAGCUUGGGGCCUAGCCUGGGUGAGGGGUCUGGCCUGGGUGAGAGAUUGGCUGCAGUGACUGCCCUGAGAGCCCUGGAGGUAUCCUCAGGUCCCAGCCAUCGAGUUCAUGGAUGUCCAGACCCAAAGCCAGCACUAGGUCCAGCAGCUUGCCCUCCAGGCCUCCACUGCCUCCAUCACCUGAACCCUAUCCCUCCAGCCCACUCACUCCCUUAGUGUAACCCUCCCUCGUUGAGAUCUCUUGGCCUGGAUGGGGCCAAGGCUUAAGUGACUAGAGCUGGAGCUGCGCUCUGCCCCAGGACUCUGGGUCACCUAUGUGGCCCAAGUUCUAAGCCUGCUUAUCGUAGGCCUUAAAAGGGCAUAGCCAUCCUGGGUGGCUUUGCAGGUUUCCCUGUGUGUGGUAGUUCCUUUCUCUUGGACACCAUAUACCCUCUGUAAAAGCCAAGUGAAUCAAUUUCGACUCUCAGGUAUGCAGAAAUGUGCUUUACUUUGUAAGCAACGGUUGGUUCAAUAAAUUAUGCAGCUGGCA